AUGAAUUAUAGUUCUACGAAUAUGGAUACUCGUGCAGUUUGUUUGAUUAAUCUUAUUAAUUUUUUAAAUAAAACGAUUUCUCAAUACGGCCUUGGCAUUAUCUACUUGUUGGGUAACAUUGGAUCGGCGCUGACUUGUCUUGUUUUCUAUCAGCCGACAUUCCGUCAUAGUUCUUGUGCUAUGUAUUUUCUCGCUUCUAAUUUUUCGCAAUUUUUCACUUUCAAUUUCGCUCUCCUCACUCGAAUGCUUUUCUAUGGAUACGAUGUCCGAAUCGCAAACACUUUUGGUUGGUUUUGUAAAGUUCGCUACUACUUAUUCUAUAUUUUUAUCGCCAAUUCUCGUUACAAUAUUAUUAUGGCUUCAAUCGAUCGCUAUUUCGCCAGUUCUCAGAGCGUGCUUUCCCGUCAAUAUAGUUCACCACGAAUUGCUUCACGAGUUAUUCUUAUCGGCGCUAUUACUUGGUGUUUAAUUUACAUUCAAGUUCUCGUUUUCUACGAUAUCUAUGAUGGUAGUUGUCAGUAUCAAACGGGAACAUACGGAAUCUUUUUCAGCAUCUUUAUUUCAAUCGAUAGUGGAGUUCUGCCAAUAGUUGUGAUGCUUAUUUUCGGUUCUCUAACUAUCCGAAAUGUCCACCGAAGUAGACGACGCAUUGGGGUCUUUCCGUCCGUGCGGGGCUACACUCAGACGUCUCAUGGAAAUAGACUAACACGAAGAGACAUGCAAUUAUACCGAAUGUUAAUUAAUCAAAUAAUCCUUUUUACUAUUUUGAACAUACCUAACCCCUGCUAUCUCAUAUAUAAUUCAUUUACUAUCGAAGAUGUCGAACAACCUGUUCGCCAGACCGUGACAGUGUUUGUCAGCAAUAUGACAUACGUGCUUAUUUAUUUUGGAUUUGCUUUAACAUUCGUGAAUUUCGCUAUUUCGUCCAAGAUAUUUCGACGAGAAUUCCAACGACUUAUUCAAAGAAAAGUACAUUGUCUACGCGCACGACACAUGCGUCGAGGUUAA